AUGGAAUUGUCAACUGAACAUCAAUCAAUUAAUCAAUAUAUGAAGUGCAGAAGUAAAAUUUAUCAAUCUAUUGAACAAAAGAUACUUAUGGGAGAGUUAGACAAAGAAAUGACAAUACAAGAAAACAUACAUGGAACAACUGUUCGAAAUUCUGAUACAAUGAAGGCGUGUUUGACUGAAGAACAAUUAGUUUAUACAAAAUUGGUGGAUGAAUACAGAAAUGAAAAUUGUCAGUUACCCGAUUCUAACAAUAUUCGAGAUAAUCAACAACUACAGCACAAAUUCCGUAGACUGGAUGGUCUACUACGACAUCGAUAUGGGAAAUUACGUGUAUGCAACAUUUAUUUAUUUUCACAUGACAUAUUGCAAACUAUUCAUAAACAAAUUGAUAAUCAGUUAAAGAAACUUUCACAUGACAUAUUGCAAACUAUUCAUAAACAAAUUGAUAAUCAGUUAAAGUCACAUAAUUUAGAACCGAGAAAAUCUAAUGUAGAAUUGGCAAUAACAAAUUGUAAACAACGUUUAGAUGUACUAAUCGAACAAUUCAGAACAAACGAGAAACAAUUACAAGAUCUGAGAAAUGAAAUCAAUAUGGAAUUGUCAACUGAACAUCAAUCAAUUAAUCAAUAUAUGAAGUGCAGAAGUAAAAUUUAUCAAUCUAUUGAACAAAAGAUACUUAUGGGAGAGUUAGACAAAGAAAUGACAAUACAAGAAAACAUACAUGGAACAACUGUUCGAAAUUCUGAUACAAUGAAGGCGUGUUUGACUGAAGAACAGUCGGUUUAUACAAAAUUGGUGAAUAAAUACAGAAAUGAAAAUUGUCAGUUACCCGAUUCUAACAAUAUUCGAGAUAAUCAACAACUACAGCACAAAUUCCGUAGACUGGAUGGUCUACUACGGCAUCGAUAUGGGAAAAUACGUGUAUGCAACAUUUAUUUAUUUUCACAUGACAUAUUGCAAACUAUUCAUAAACAAAUUGAUAAUCAGUUAAAGUCACGUUAG